AUGCCGUCGACCGCCUCAUUGCCGUACCGCGAGCCUGGAAUCGUGGCAAUCCUCGUCCAGUCUUCGUUCCUACCGCUUCUCAACAUUCUCAGUUUUGCCUUGGACAAGGCCCUUUACUCCGGCCUCCUUGGCCAGGUCUUCCUCGGCAUCGCCUGGGGGACCCCGGAGCAAAAUGGCUCGACGCCGACUCUACCAAGUGGUCUGUCGACCUCUCUGCAGCCCUUCAAGGCCAACACACUCCUAUCCGCAGGCGUCGCCACCACCGGAAUCGCCCGUCACGCUUUGGCUCAACUCCUGGCGCGCAGAGCACCCUCCGGCGCGAUCUAUGCCGGCACAUCCAACUUACUCGCUGCCUACGCUGCAGGAGCCGCCAUCAACUGGUGGGACUCAGAAUUCUCGCAGACGGGCCCUCGCCCUCAUGGGGUACCCCAAGCAGCGCAAAGUCCCUUCUUCUUCAUUGAAUCAUUUCUGGGGCAAAAGAUCCGGAACGGCAACCGAUACUUCACCGCAAACGAAACGAUCUGCCUCUAG